ACAAUUGGCUCUUCGCAAACUGCUAUUCAACUAUCUGCAGCCAUGACUUCUUCAACUACUACUACUGCGUCGGCAGCGGCCACAGCUACGUGCUUGAACAUUUCUCCUGGGAAAAAUGGAUACUUGCCCCCAGAAUCAUGCGACGUCAUACUUUAUUAUGUUCCAUCAUUUGGCGCUGCUAUCUUCUUUUGCGUCCUAUUUGGCUUAACGACAAUGGUUCAUCUCGCACAAGCUAUCAUAUAUAAAAAGGGUUAUGCAUGGGUGAUCAUUGUUGGAAGCGCAUGGGAGCUACUUGCGUUUAUCUUUCGCGCACUUCAAACCCGACACCAGGCAAGCGACCUCUAUGAUACUAUGUAUACUCUAUUCUUCUUACUGGCCCCUAUAUGGAUAAAUGCCUUUCUCUAUAUGACGCUCGGGCGCAUGAUCAACUUUUUUAUACCAGAAAAAAAAUUAUUCCAUAUCUCUGCGCGUCGUUUAGGAACACUCUUUGUCUUUCUGGAUAUCUUUGCGUUUCUUGUACAGGCUACCGGAGCAGUCUUGACUUCAAACCAGGGCGCAUCAAAUAAAACAGUCAUGAUGGGAGUCCACAUUUAUAUGGGCGGCAUCGGGCUUCAGGAAGUCUUUAUCCUUUGCUUUGCAACAUUAGCCGUUCAACUUCACCGAACUAUAAUUCAAAUGGAGAAUAGAGGAGAUUCAAUGGAAAAAUUGAGCAGCUGUGCAUUUUCAUGGCGCUGGAUGUUCUAUUCCAUUUACUUUGCAUUAGGCAUGAUUACAAUUCGCAUUAUUUUUCGCAUUGGCCAAUAUGCACAGGGAACAUCAACUACAAACCCUGUUCUAACUCACGAAGCAUAUGAGUACAUAUUCGAUGCUGCGCCAAUGUUUCUCUGUCUUCUCUCGAUCAAUCUUUUCCACCCCGGUCGUAAUCUCCAGGGAGAAGGCGCCAAAUUUGAAAAGCUCAGCCGCGCUCAGAAGAAAGAAAAGAAGAGACUGGCUAAAUUGGAGAAGGAGGGCCUGAAAGAAGAAGCUAUCAGGACGAGCGAUGAUGCGGUUGAUGUGCCCCUCCAGGCCUACGGAGACCGUGAACAGAGCCCACAGAGGCCUUAUGGCGAUCGCUAUGACAGCUCCGCAGACACAUAUGACGAGGCUUAUGAAAACUCAAGAAGAUACUAUCAGGUUGUAUGA